AUGUGGCUCUGGGAGGAGUUCAACCUAGCUGGUGUCUUCCGGUUGUUCUCGAUGUUGGCACUAACAAUCAGAACUUAUUGGCUGAUCCACUCUACAUUGGUCUUCGGCAUGAGAAGAAUUCGUGGUCCGGAAUACGAUCGCCUCAUCGAUAACUUUAUGAAAGCAGUAACCAAAAGGUUUGGCCGUGACACGCUCAUUCAAUUCGAGGACUUUGCAAACGUGAACGCUUUCCCAAUACUGGACAGAUACAAGAACGAUUAUUGUACAUUCAAUGACGAUAUCCAAGGUCAAGCGAUAUUUGGAACAGCUACGGUGGUUGUUGCCGGGUUAUUGGCUGCAACUCGCGUCACCAAGCAGAAACUGUCAGAGCAAAAGAUUGUGUUUCUUGGAGCUGGUUCGGCUGGAUUAGGAGUGGCUGAGUUAUGUGUACUUCAAAUGAUGGAUGAAGGACUUUCAAGAGAAGCAGCAUGUGACAACAUUUUCGUACUGAACAGCAAAGGUUUGAUCACGAAGGAACGUGCGAAGACGCUCUCUCCCCGCCAUCAGCAAUUUGCGAAGGAUCUUCCGGACACGAAAGGUCUUCUGGAUGUGAUCAAAAUGGUCAAGCCAAACGCACUCAUGGGCCCACGUCUUGUCCUCGCUUGGGAUCACACCUUAGAAGAUAAUGUAGUGUUAAAGCAAGUCGUCAAGGUGUAUACAGCUGAUCCAGUUGAUGCUAUCAGACCAUUUCCAGGUAUUUCAACGGUCUUCGGAGCAUUUACGCCAGAAAUCCUCCGCGAAAUGGCUGAGAUCAAUGCUCGAACCGAUUAUUUUUGCUCUUUCGAAUCCUACCAGCAAAUCAGAGUGUACGGCUGA